GUCCUUUUCACCUCCACAAAGAAACAACUCGCAGCUUGUCAUCACAGGCUUGACGGCGUGAGUCACGAACUGCAGUCGCGAUUGCCACUCAUCGCCCGAAGUAUACACGUACAUGAUGAGAGAACCGAUGCCACGCUCGGGAUGAUACGCGAAAUCAGACUUCCUGGUCUCAGUCCCCCACGUUUUCUAGCAAUCCAGCAGUAGCAAUGGCGGCAGAAGAUUCAGACCCGGAAGAUGCCAUCACACAGGACGAGAUCAAAGGGACCUCUCCCGCGCUGGACGCGCGACGGGAUGCUUUCGCGGAGCUCAUGACCCGAAAGCGCAAGCCCGAAACAGGCUCCGGGCCAUCCAAGCCCUCCCGCAACAAGCCCUUCCGGACCCGCGACGGCCUCGGCGCCUAUAUCGAGGACCCAUCAUCCUUUCCUGCCUCGCGCGUGAUAUACCAUAACGAUGAUUUCGUCGCGAUCAACGACCUCUACCCCAAAGCCAGCGUCCAUACGCUGCUGCUGCCUCGAUCCCCCAAACACAGCCUCCUCCACCCGUUCGAGGCGUUCGAGAACGCCGAGUUCUUAGUAUCGGUGCAGAAGGAGGUUCUGAGGCUCAAGGACCUUGUGGCAAAAGAGCUGCAGCGAAGGUUCGGCAAGGGAAGCAAGGCCGAGGAAGCACGGGAGGCCGUGCUGGACGGGCGCGUUGAGCCGGAGAGCGGAGCGCUGCCCCAGGGCCGGGACUGGCACGCCGAAAUCAUCACGGGGAUUCAUGCACACCCCAGCAUGAACCACCUGCAUAUUCAUGUCCUCUCGCGGGACAUGUCCUCGGAGUGCAUGAAGCAUCGCAAACACUAUAACUCCUUUAACACCCCGUUCCUUGUCGAUGUCGCCGACUUCCCCCUGGCGGCGGAUGACCCUCGCCGCCACCCUGGCCACGACGGGUACCUUAUGAAGAGUAGUCUCAUUUGCUGGAGGUGCGGCGAGAACUUUGGGAACCAGUUUGCGAGGCUCAAAGAACACUUGGCAGUUGAGUUUGCCGAGUGGGAAAGGGAAUAGAAGUGUA